AUGGAAGAGACUGACAAGUCGAAAGGUCCUCGGACUAGAACGCAGGGUGCAAUUAAUCCACUGUUGAAUGUGCAAAGGUCAAAUUUGGAUUCUUUCUACCGCAUGUGUGCAUCUGUGAAUAAAUUGCCCACUUCUCCGUCGCCAACGACGAUUGAAAGGAAACUCCAGUCGAUGGGAACAUUUUUUGAAAAUUGUCGUAAGAUUCACAAUGACCUUAUAAUCCAAACAGACGAUGAGGUGACUCAUUAUAUUAGUGCUGAUGAAUUUGGCAUCGCCGAAUCACGAUAUUUGGAGGUGAUCGACUUCUUGACAAGCCUGCAGGACAAGUUGGCCGCAAUCUCAUCUACUUCAUUCUCCACCACUACCAGUGCAUUUCAGCCCACUCCGCAGCGAUGCAACUUAGAGAAAAUUACGCUUCCCAUGUUCGAUGGUGAUUAUAAAGACUGGACUCAGUUCAAGGACCUGUUUGAAGCGCUUGUAUUACGUGAGACUACCUUAACAAAUGUACAAAAAUUAUAUUAUUUAAAAACCAGCCUCUCUGGUUCAGCCUUGGCGUUGAUAAAAAAUAUCGCUGUUACAGAUGCUAAUUUUACAACCGCGUGGAAAAUUAUUUCGGAUCAUUACCAGGACAUUCAAAUUAUGACAUUUUCUCUGAUUUUUCGAAUGCUUAAAUUAAAACCUGUUUCGGGAGAAAAUGCUUCUGCUUUAGAGUCCUUGAUCGCGCAGACUAGAGAAAUUGUCAUGUCGUUAGAAAAUAUUGGGCAGUUUACUGCAGAUUCUAUUUUGGUGGUAAUGACUCUGCUUCGAGUCGAUCCUCAAAUACGUAAACAUUGGGAGGAAUCGAUUGGUAAACGAGAUAAUUUUCCCGCGUAUCAUGAGCUAGAAAUCUUUUUAAAAAAUAAGGUUCAUGCGUUAUCGGUCGCACAAGCUAAAUCGGGCAUUACAUUGUCUUCCGACGUACCUUUAUCUAAGGGCGGUAAAAGCAAGAACGUUGAAUCGAAGCUUACAACUCAUGUAAGUACGGCUUCACUAACAUGUUACUUAUGUUCCCAAGCACAUUCGGUUGCAAGUUGCUCAAAGUUUAAAUCCUUAACUGCAGCGGGCCGCCUAGAUUUCGUUAAAUCGCAACGUCUUUGCUUCAAUUGCCUUAGUAAAGGUCACAUUCCGUCGACCUGCAAGCGUAGAAGUAGCUGUACUAAUUGUAAGAAGAGGCAUAAUUCAUUGUUACAUGAAGCACUUGCGCAGCCGCAGUUGGAUGCUCGCAAUAAUCUAAUAGAUAAAACUGCAUCUGAGUGCAGUUCUGUGAUGACGCCUAAAUUAAAUCCCAAUGCACCUACAUUUUCUACCGCGCAUUCGGGUUGCUUGAAUUCUCAAUUAAAUAGAGCCGCUCUAAUUGCUACUGCGUGGGUGCGAGUGCGCACAACUGCGGGAAACGAACAAUGUUUACGAGCCAUAAUUGAUUCGGGAUCGGAGUGUUCGUUACUUUCCGAGAGGGGCUCUCAACUAUUGCGGGUACCUCGCUCGGAGUGUUCGGCGUCGAUUUCCGGGGUCGGCGCCACUGUCUCCGGAGUGGUCAAACAUGCAGCUCGAAUUCAGGUGUUACCGCCGGAUUACACGGGUGAUCCUAUCUUUGUAGAAGUAUUAAUUUUACCAAAACUAUCUAGUUAUGCACCACGUCGGUAUGUAAAGUCGAGUCAUUGGCCACAGCUAAGUCAAUUGCAGUUAGCCGAUCCUGAUCCAUGUGGUAAUCAUCCAAUUGACUUGAUACUUGGUGUUGAUUGUUAUGAUAAACUAGUUUACGCUGAUCGAUUUAAGUUCCCGGGUGGACCUUCAGCUAUCCGUUCGGUAUUUGGAUGGUUAUUACGGGGUCCUAUAGAGGACGCAGCCGCUAGUCAUCACGUUUCCGUGACGUCGUUACACGUCACCUUUAAUAAUGAUUUAAUUCGAGCUGUAGAACGCUUUUGGGAAGUGGAAGAAAUUCCCCAUCAAACGCAUUUAACGGAGGAGGAAAAUUAUUGCGAAAGGUUGUUUGUCGAAACCACGACCCGUGAUCAAGACGGAAGGUUUACGGUCGCGUUACCUUUUAAAACCCCUCCUCCUCUGAAUCUUGGAAAUUCCUUAAAAGUGGCACAAGCCCUGUUCAUCAGAAUGGAGCGCCGGCUGGAUCGCGAUCCGGAGUUAAAAGCCGAGUAUUCUAAUUUUUUAAACGAAUAUGAGCAACUCGGUCAUAUGUGUCCGUAUGCCCCCUCUUCGCAGGGUGAGGAAGUUUAUUAUAUACCUCAUCAUCCCGUUAUAAAACCGUCGAGCUCGUCUACAAAGGUACGAGUCGUAUUUAACGCGUCGGCUAGAACGGAUAUUGGUAAGUCUCUGAACUCUACCCUCCUUGUGGGCCCUAAAUUACAGCAGGAUUUACCGGCCAUUAUAUUACGUUGGCGUCAACAUAAAUUUGUCUGCUCCGCCGAUAUUACAAAGAUGUUUCGGCAAAUUCGAAUACGAGAGGAAGAUACUAAAUUUCAAUUAGUCUUGCAUCGAUCUCCCUCGACCCAUGAAGUGACAUCUUAUCGGUUGCUAACAGUAACAUAUGGAACCACCUCUGCUCCUUACCUAGCUCAGCGGACCUUAAUUCAGCUUGCGGAUGACGAAAAAGCUAACUAUCCAUUGGCGAGUGCCAUUGUCAUCGAGAAUACCUUUAUGGAUGACACCUUUUUCGGAUGUUCAUCGAUUAACGGUUGCCGGGAACUAAGAAAUCAGCUCAUUUCCUUAUUUGGUCGUGGAGCCUUUUCUUUGCAUAAGUGGACCUCCAAUGCUCCUGAGUUAUUGGCAGAUUUACCGAGUAAUUUAAUUGAGAAUUCUCAAAACAUAGCACUUCAAGAGGACUCCUAUGUAAAGGUUCUAGGAAUUUAUUGGGAUCCCGCUCGUGAUGUUUUUGCCUUUCGCGUUGAUCCUGAAAUUCCUCAGUGUCUUAAUAAAAGAACCUUUUUAUCAUUUCUUGCAAAAUGCUAUGAUCCCUUAGGGUGGUUAGCUCCGGUCAUUGUUGCAGGUAAAAUAUUAAUGCAACAAAUUUGGACACUAUCAAUUGCUUGGGAUAGUAAGUUGCCUGAUCCAAUCUUCCAUGAUUGUCUCUCAUUCUGUGAGGAUUUGCAAAAUUUAGCGCAAGCUCAUUUGCCCCGCUGGCUCCAAAUCUGCACCGUUACAUGCCACGUCGAGCUUCACGGUUUUGCCGAUGCCUCAAAGAAGGCCUAUGCUGGAGUGAUCUACUUGCGAGUGGUUCGAGAGGGAACAAGCGAAACAUUUCUUCUCACCAGCAAAACCAAGGUGGCUCCACUUAAAAUUUUGUCCAUUCCGCGGCUCGAACUAAACGCGGCGGAAUUAUUAUCACGACUUUUAAAGUGGGUUGCUUCCGCUUUACGCUUGAAUUGUGAUAUUCCGAUGUAUGCGUGGUCAGACUCCACCGUAGCCCUUGCGUGGAUCCGAAGCCCUCCAUCAAAUUGGAAAACUUUUGUGGCAAAUAGAGUAUCGGCCAUUCAAUGUCGAUGUCCUACAGUUCAGUGGCGCCAUGUUCCGUCCGAAGAUAAUCCAGCGGAUCUAGCUUCUCGUGGGCUACGCGCUUCCGAUUUGAUAAAUAAUACUCUUUGGUGGCAUGGCCCUCCCUGGCUCGUCUCGGGAGACUGGCCAUCUCUGGAACCAUCCGGAAAUGAGGAAAUUAUUGAAUUGGAAAAUUGCAAAAAGAGCGUACACGUAACUUGUAGUCAGGAUUGGGAGUUAGCUUCUCGGUUUUCUGAUUGGGGUAAACUAAUUCGAGUUACAAGCUUAGUUUUACGAUUUAUUUCUCGACUUCGCCGACAAGACGGCAAGGAGAUCAGUCCCCUUACUUGGAAAACCCAUGCCAAGAACCUUUGGAUUAAAUAUAUGCAAUCUCAGACCUUUGAAAAGGAACUGGAACUUCUAAAAAGGGGUGAAAAGCUUCCCCGCUCUAGUGUUUUGGCAACUAUGAAUCCCUAUUUGGAUAAGGAAGGGAUUAUUCGCAUGCAAGGACGAUUGCAGCAUUCUCCACUGAAUUUUAAACAAAAAUUUCCGAUCAUCCUGGCUAAUUGUCCAUUAGUGGUUCUCCUGGUUCGGCACGCUCACCUUCGCUCCUUGCACGGUAACAAUGCAUUAACCGCGCGCCUUUUACGUGAAGAGUCGUGGAUUAUUAGGUCCAAGUUAAUUAUACGUUCGGUCAUUAAUAAUUGUGUGAUUUGCACGAGAUAUAGGGCGAACUUAGGUCAACAACAGAUGGCACCCCUUCCCUCCAUACGGUUUCGUUGUGAGCGUCCAUUUUGCAGUGUGGGUAUCGAUUACGCUGGGCCUCUAUUGGCCAGGGCACUGCCUGGUAGAGGACAUCACUCGAGGAAAAUGUAUAUCGCAGUCUUCGUUUGUAUGACUACACGUGCAAUACAUAUAGAGUUGGUACAUGACCUUACGACUAACGCAUUUCUUGAUGCUUUUCGUCGCUUCAUCUCACGGCGUGGGGUUCCUGCCCAGCUUUUAAGCGAUAAUGGCACCAAUUUCCAAGGGGGUCAAGCCGAAUUAGCUAAAAAAUUUCGUUCGGCUCUACGAAAUCCGGCUGUGGAAGCUAAGAUGUUGGAGUACGAAAUAGAAUGGCGCUUUAUUCCGCCCUCUUCGCCCCAUUUUGGAGGAAUGUGGGAGGCCGGAGUAAAAUCCAUAAAGUACCAUCUUCGUCGCAUCGUAGGAACUCACACGCUAACGAUUUCGGAAUUAGAAACAUUAUUAUGUCAAAUCGAGGCAUGCGUUAACUCGCGUCCUAUCGCCGGUUUCUCAAACGACUGUGAUGAUUUGAGUUAUUUGACCCCGGGUCAUUUUUUAGUCGGUGCUCCACUUCUGUCAUUGCCUGAACCUUAUAUUCCUUCGGCCAUUUCCACUAGUCUGAAGCGUUAUCAUCUCGUCCAACGCAUGCGAGAUCGCUUCUGGAAGGUGUGGCAAUUAGAUUAUAUAAACACUCUACAAAAGCGUUCUAAAUGGCGAUUAGCCCAUCCGAAUUUUAGGGUCGGAGACCUCGUCCUUAUUAAGAAUGACAACUUACCGCCCUCGCGUUGGGCAUUAGGUAGAAUUACCAAAUGCAUUCCUGGUAAGGACGGAUUAGUCCGCGUCUGCGAAAUAAAGAGCGCAUCCUCGUCGUUUUUGCGGUCCAUCCAUAAAUUGUGCCCUCUUCCGGUUAAUGCGAUGGACGAUAGUCCCACGGCGGGCGGGACUAUCUCGACAACUAACAUUAAGCGUUAA